UUCGUCGUAAGAACGAUAACUCCUCAUUUAUUUUUGACACGACAACUUCCUGUAAAGUAAAAGCUGAAAUCAGAUUUUCCCCAUACAUCCAACACGAUGGAUCUCGAAAGAUUUCUUCCAGAAGCAUUUAAAAAAGUUCCUCUGCACAUGGAUUUUGAAGGACAGAAAAGAGCAGAAAGAUUAUUUCAAGUCAUAAUUUUAGUUUUUGGGAUUGUUGGAUUUGGAUGGGGUUACAUAUGUCAACAGUUUUCACAGACCAUGUAUAUAUUGAUAGCUGGAUUUAUAUUGUCUUGUUUGUUAACACUACCACCAUGGCCAAUGUUCAGAAGAAUGAAUAUUGUUUGGCAGAAAUCUGUAGAAACAGUUGAAUCAACAGAUCAACAGAAAGCAAAGAAAAAGAAAUAAACUAUUUCCAGUUUUCAUUUGUUGUCAUUAAAUUUGUAAAAAAAUGUAUGGGUACAUAAAUCUUAGUCAUCUGAUGUUUGUGGAACUGGAUCAUCAAUGUGCUUGAAUGCGGAGAAACUUGAUCAUAAGAAUGUUUGGUAUCUUUUUAAGAGCACAGUGAAGUGAAUCUCUUUUCAUAUUACUAAGUUUUCUAUUUUCAUAAUGUAUCUUCAAAAGUGUAAAAAUAAUAGUACCAUUGAAAAUUGUUCAUACUAAUAGAGUGCGAAAGAAAGUAUAAUGGGUAAGUAGACAAAUAAGGUGUCUUUAUCAAUCAUGGUACAAGGUUUUGAUACCAAAAGAUCUGCAUUUAUAGUUUAUUCAGAAAUAAAUCUUGAGAUCAUCAAUGAGAAAAAUAAUAGAGUUGGUGUGAAACAGAAUUGAAUGUAUAUUUCCUUUGUGAAAAAAUUCUUCAUUUGUACAUCAAUUGUAUUGACAUAUUUAUUUGUAAGAUGACUAAUUGUGCAAUAAACAAUUGUUGGACCAGA